UAAUUUCUUUACCAAAAGCUAAUGGAGCCCUUGAAAUACUCGGCAUUAUCAGUAGAUUGCACUGUGUCUAGUAAGCAGAAGAGUUCAGCAAAGAAGCCUUCAAAAUCUUUCUACGAUAUCACCUUUGCAUCAAGUGAUGCAAGGUUCGAUUUCAUAAUAUUUCAGAAUUUUUAUGUUGCUUCUAUAACAAUCAAACAGUUUUGUGGAGAAGAGACUACUAAGUAUGAACUUGACCAGCCAGAAAAUUGGAACAUAGUUCUUAGUAACUACAAGCUCAUGAAUAAUGCUCAUUUCGAGGGAGAUGCCCAAAACUGGCACAUUAUAGGCAGGGAGCAUUUUAACGGGAGCUUAAAUAUCGAGAACUUAUCAGUCUUGAGAGUCUUUAUGAACGCUCCCUCUCCUUCAUGGCUUGAUUUCUCUCUGAAAAACAUAAAUUUGUAUUAUAAAUAAGACUCAUGUUGUGUUCAAGCAAGAGAAAAGUAAAGUUAAAAAGACUCCAUUCGGGCAAUUCAAGAAGAUGAUAAAGGAAAAUAUGAAGGUUAUUCAAAAAGACACCACUGUGAAAGGAAAGAAAAAUGUCCCAGAAUAUGACCAGACAAUGGACCGCACAGACGAAGUCAGAAAGAUUGAACUCCCUUACCGCCCUUAA